CCGGUGCCGGGCUGCGGGUGGCGGUGCCGGGCUCGGUGCGGGUCGCGAUGCCAGGCGCGGUGCGGAUCCUGUGCCUGGCCGCGCUGCUGGGCGCGCUGCGGGCCGGCGGCACGGAGCUGACGCUGGAGCUGCCCGACAGCGCCCAGCGCUGCUUCCACCAGGAGCUGGAGAGCGGCGUCAAGUUCACCCUCGACUAUCAGGUGAUCAGCGGAGGGCACUAUGAUGUGGAUUGCUACGUGGAGGACCCCAACGGCAAGACCAUCUACCAGGAGACCAAGAAGCAGUACGACAGCUUCUCGCACACACCUGAGGUCAAGGGUGUCUACACCUUCUGCUUCAGCAACGAGUUCUCCACCUUCUCCCACAAAAUCGUCUACUUUGACUUCCAGGUGGGCGACGAGCCGCCCAUCCUGCCUGACAUGAACAACCGCGUCACUGCCCUGACACAGCUGGAAUCUGCCUGUGUCACUAUCCACGAGAUGCUGAAGGCGGUGAUCGACUCCCAGACCCACUACCGGCUGCGGGAGGCGCAGGACAGGAGCAGAGCAGAGGAGCUCAAUGGCCGCGUCUCGUACUGGUCAGUGGGGGAAACCCUCAUCCUCUUCGUGGUCAGCAUCGGGCAGGUGGUGCUGCUCAAGAGCUUCUUCACCGAGAAGAGACCCAGCAGCGGCGGAGCUGGCACCUAGAGCUGCUGUCUGUGCCCGAGUGGAGCAGGCAGUGGGACAGACACUGCGCCUCUGAUGUGUGCCGUGGCAGGCGGGGGGUGGGACGGGGGGUGACACUGCUGAGCUGGUGACAUGGCCACCCAAGGACAGGCGUCCCCCGGCAUCACCUCCCGUUUGCCAUCGCCCGGCCUACCCUGUCCCCUCGCCUGGCCAGCCUGUCCCUGUUCUCUGGCUGCACUGGGGAGCGGGUGGGAGCAGCACCAGCACAGCACCGGGGCACCCUCGUGACUGGGAUGUGACUGGGACGUGACUGGGACGUGACUGGGACAUGGCUGGGACAUGGCUGGGACGUGACUGGGACAUGGCUGGGACGUGACUGGGAUGUGACCACACGCUGCCCCUGGAGCCCUGUGCAGCCACCGAGGGCAGGGGCAGCGCUGGCCCCCCCGGCACCCCCCAGUGCCCUCAGCCCCAGCAGAGCUGCCCUGUGGCGAGCAGGGUGCUCCCAGCAGCAGGACACAGCAACAGCAGCAUCCAAGGGAAAGCUGUUUGCUGGGUGGUGCUCUGGCUCUGCCAGCUCCUCCCCUCGCAGCAGUUCUCAGGCUGGCAGCAGGUGGUGUGCCUGUACCAGGUGGUAUUUCCAUACUCACACCAGUCCAUGCCUGAGACUCAGCCCCCUCACACAUUCCCCCCACACGUGCCAAGGAAGCCCGUCCCUGCCCCAGAAGCACGGAGGACCCACACACACCUGGGACUGCAGCCCCUCAUUCCCUGGAGCCCCACAAGACCCCUGGAGUGACUGGUGUGCUGGCCCUCCAGCCCUCAAGCAGGUGUGAGAUCAUUUUUCAGAGCUGAAGCAACUCCACUAGACUUUUCCUUUGCCACUUUCAAAUAAAUCGCUGCAAGCAUGGCUGGCA